AUGUCACAUGUGGAGGAUCUCAAGGCCGCGGUCCAAGUCAUGGAACGCGUCACGGAGAGUAUCCGCCAGUUUGACACAUACUCUUUCACUUAUAUCCCUCCAGUGAUUGACAACUCGAGCGGCACUGUCUGGAAGGGUGACGAGACUCACGGUCUGAGGAAAUUUCUGGAGAAGAUCUUCCUCGAUGAGACUGCCUUCUCGCAGAUGUUGGCUGACGGCGUCAACCCUCGUGAAUCGCCCCUUCCCAUCGCCCUCGGACAUCAGACGUACUGGAACACAAUCACCCACGCCCGCGGCCCGAUCCCCGCCAUUCGAGCAACAUUCAAGGGACCUGACAAGAAGGAAGCCUUCGUGGAUGUCGUCGCUCAGGGAGGAGCCGAGUGGAUCAGGCUGUUCAGCAAGAAGCCCUCUCAUCUGAUUGCCGAGUUUCGAGAACAGGAUUCUUACAUCAACUCGGACUGGGAGUCUGACGAGGACUCCGGCUGCGAGCCUGACAAGGAGCCUUCCCUCGACAACAGCAUCAUUCGCACCGUCGACGAACUGCUCGAAGUUAUGCACGCGCAGACCCCUGCACCGGGAGGCAUCAUACCCCGUCUCACUCUUCGUCUUUCUCGGAUCGAAGAGUUCCCAGAAGGCGGACACCCAGACCCUCGUUUCGCUGCCACGUUUGCCGCGGUGCGAGCGAAGGGUGUGAACCUUGUGUUUGGGGAUCUGAGUGAUGUUUCGGGCGCUGCUGGAGCUCUUCCUGCGACGCCUACCACCUUUGAGUCGCUGAAGCCCACGCGACGGAUCAACCUCGAUCCCACGGCUCUCAUGGGUUUGUGCUCCGACAUCCUGCACCACCCUCUCCCCGUGGACGACGAAGAAGCGCGCCGCCGCUUCUAUCGCCCCGAGCAUCUCCUCGGGAGCGACGGACAGCAGAGCCAGAACAGUCGCGAGCUGUAUCGUGCCAUGUGCGAUGAGAUGAUCCAGCCGGUGGUCGAGACGCUCCAAGCCAUGCUCGACGGCGACAACGUUGAGUUUUGGGCGACCCGGGGAAGCAUCACCUACCUCCAGGAGGCCAUCAGCGACUCGGAGGAGGCGGGUGUGUUCGGUGAGGGAAUGGAACAGCGUCGAAUGCGACGACUCACUGGUCUGGAGGAAGGCGAUUUCUGGGAAGGGAGUCGGUACGAGGGCAAGGCUGGUGUACUGGCCAACAUGAAGCUCCAUGUAUUCGACGAAGACGACAAGGAUCUGGAGCACCCUCUUGUGAAGCACACGACGAGCUUCCACGGCUCACUCGGAGCAAUGUGCACCGACCUCGUUAGCCAGUACCGCAAGUCUUUGGCCGACAGCAAGGCCGCGCGCAAGCUCCCUGCCUUCCUCCAGGCCAAGCGCCUCCCGGCCCCUCGUGUCGCCAAGAUCACAACCCCCUUCACUGUCGUUUCCCUGGAGAGUUUCGCUUACGGAGCGCGGGAAGGCAUGACCACAAUGACGAUGAGCCACAUUGUCUUCCGUGAGCUCUGGGGCCAGCGCAGUUGGAAGGAGAAAGGCUGGAGCCAAAGCAACUACGAGCUUGAGGACUCGGCCCCUGCCAGCGACCCCCGCGCCGUCGUCUGGAUGCUUCCCUACCGCUCGCUCGCCGAGGCGAAGCGGUGUCGCUUCCUCAAGGGAGACUACUCGUACCCCGUGUUCGUGCAACGCAUCGUGCGCGACGAGAACGGCCGCCGCAUUCCGCUCCCUCCAGGAACCCGGAACCUGGACGACAUUCCUCAGGCUGGCGCUGCUCCCACCAGCGCCGCCCAGUAA